UUGGUAUGGGGGGGGGGGGGGUUUAUAGUUUGGAGUGUUUGGACGUUGGACCUCCAGGGCGGUUCGAUAAGUUUUGAUUGAUUUCACUUGCGUUGCUUUCUUGAAACAAAUUUGAUUUCUUCUUUCUCGCAACCGACCCGGCCGCGAGACCGCGUACUGCUGCCGGUGAAGAGCGCAAAAUUGAAACUCCUGUAAAGAAUGCGCGAGAAGUAAAUGAAGCUGCGAGCAAUCGAGGAUUCGUCGACGGGUCAGAUAUGUCAAAUUGUUUAUCGUGACUAUUAUUUGUCGCGCCGAGGAUAGAGUCUCACGUAAAGGAAAUCUGAAAGAUGCUGUGUCGCGAUGGAGCCGUCAGCUUAUUCUGUUUUAUCGCGGCGGCUUUAAUCUCGCUCUCUCCUGAGCUGCAGUGCAGGUUAGGAUUCAAUAUUUAUGCCGCGUACUUUACGAAUAUUUGGUCGCUACAUGCCGUGCAAUACGUUUCGAUCAAUGUACUCGCGUUGCUGGCACUUCGCGGUUUUGCUUAUCAAGUAGCCGUCAGAGCAUUGUUUCUUGGAUAUGUAUUUGGGAUUGGUAUACUGGUAUCAAUUAAUGCUCCACCGUCAUGGCAGUUGUUUGGUAUCUAUUGGACGGUGUUGGCGAGUUUCCAUUAUUCGGAAUUUCUAGCCAUAGCAUGGACAAAUCCAGCUAUGCUGUCAAUCGACAGUUUCAUCCUCAAUCAUAGCGUAGCGUACGGGAUAGCGGCGUGCCUCAGUUGGAUAGAGUUUCUCAUAGAGAGGCAUUAUUUCAACGGGAUGAAAAUGCCCUCCGUCGUGUCCUACCUCGGCCUGAUGCUCUGCAUUUCCGGCGAGAUGUUGAGGAAGCUGGCGAUGUGCACUGCGAAGCACAAUUUUAAUCAUGUCGUGCAAAGCGAGAAGAGCGACAAUCACGAGCUCGUCACGCACGGCGUGUACAAUCUCUGCAGGCAUCCCAGUUACGUGGGGUGGUUCUACUGGUCGAUAGGCACGCAGCUAAUACUUCAGAACCCACUAUGCCUUUUUGCGUACGCGCUGAUGUCGUGGAGUUUUUUCCACGAUCGCAUUCUGAUUGAAGAAAUAACAUUAUUGAAUUUCUUUGGCGACGACUACGUCAAGUAUCAAGAAAGAGUAGGUACAGGGCUUCCAUUCAUUUCUGGAUAUAAGAUUAACUCAUAGCACCCUACAGUGUUGUAGUCCCGUUUUGUAGGAUCCGCCUCUGACAAAUAAAAAGCAACAUUUUUAUAUGUUCGUAGAAAACAAUUAGAUAAGCAUAGGUAGGAAAAUUUAGAGCUUUUCGCGUAUACAUAAUUUUGAAAAAAAAAGAGUGAAUCAUCACCGACCCGUUUUGUCUUCAAUACUUAAGUAAUUUUAAUUGUGAUAUAUAGUUAUUGUACAUAUGUAUACUUAAUGCCAAUUUACACAUUUACUUGUCUAGUAAAUUAUAUUUUUUCAACAUUCUUAGAGAAGCAUGGAUAGCUCAGGUUUAGCGUAACAGUUGUUACUUAACAAUUACAAUGUAUAUGCUAGUAUAUGAAAUAAAAGAAUAGUAAUAAAUGAAUUUUGUAAAGCCAUGUAAAUAAAUUUUUACUAACACGA